AAUAAUGAAUAUAUAAAUAAAACGACAAGAGAGAGAGACCUAAAGAGAGCAAGAAUAAAGUAAUAGACAGGCCAACAUGCGAUAGUGUAGUUUUAUUAUAACCCUACCAUUCUCUGCCGUUGGACAGAUAAGCUGUCCCUUUUGUCUCUCUCAUCCCCAAACAAUCCCCUUCUCACUCUUUUGCAAUCCCACCUUCAUAUAACAUAAUCUCCCUCUCUUUUAAAACCUCACAACCCCAAACCCUACUUUAAUCCCUUCAUUCUUUCCAUCUUUCUCUUCAACCAUAUAUCUUCAUCUUCCAAAUCAAGUAACUAUGGCCUCAAAAGCAAGGAAGAAGCAGAUAUGGUGUCCACAGCCACUGACGCCGCUCAUGGAAGGGCCGGACCCCGAAAUGCAAGAGGAAGGUGGCAAAAAGGAGAGCUCUUGGGAAGUCAUACGUGAAUGGUUUAGGGCACAAAAGGGUGGCCCUCCUAGUCCCGGGAAUAACUUAUCGGCCUCAGGAUAUGGGAGCGGUAGUACUAUUCCAGCCAAAAGACAAGACUUGAGGCUCUUGCUUGGUGUUUUAGGCUGUCCUCUUGCUCCAAUUCCACAAGCCAAUGACCCAGUUGAUCCUCACCUCCUUCACAUUAAGGACAUCCCAUUUGAAACUUCUAUAGCGCAUUACAUUAUAAAGCAGUACUUGGCAGCCACGGGGUGCUUGAAGCAACAGAAAUGUAACAAAAACAUGUAUGCAAGUGGGCGUGUGAAAAUGGUUUGCUGUGAAACUGAGGUUUCUGCAGGAAGAAAUGUAAAGACUUCGGGAACAAGAAGUGGGGAAAGCGGGUGCUUUGUUCUUUGGCAAAUGUUGCCUGGCAUGUGGUCUUUGGAGUUGGUCGUUGGAGGCAACAAGGUGGUGGCUGGUAGUGAUGGCAAAACGGUUUGGAGGCACACUCCUUGGCUUGGUAUUCAUGCAGCCAAAGGCCCCCAGCGCCCACUGCGUCGCCUCAUACAGGGCCUAGAUCCAAAGAGCACAGCAAGCUUGUUUUCCAAAGCACAAUGCUUGGGAGAGGAAAGAAUCGGAGACGAUGAUUGCUUUGUACUAAAAGUCUCUGCCGAUCGAGCGGCGGUGAUGGAAAGAAGUGAGGGUCCUGCAGAAGUAAUCAGGCAUGCAUUGUAUGGAUAUUUUUGUCAAAAGAGUGGUCUCCUCAUAUACUUAGAGGACUCACACCUCACCAGAGUUGAAACCCCAGAAAAUGAAACUGUGUACUGGGAGACCACCAUAGGAAGCAGCAUUGCUGACUAUAGGGAUGUGGAUGGUGUGCUCAUUGCUCAUCAGGGCCGCUCGAUCGCCACAGUUUUCCGGUGUGGCGAGGUGUCGAUGGAAUACACAAGGACUAGGAUGGAAGAAGCUUGGAGCAUUGAUGAUGUUGUGUUUAAUGUACCAGGGCUUUCCAUGGACUAUUUCAUUGCUCCUGCUGAUAUAUUUGAUAGUACUGUACCAUCACCAUGAUCAUUAACUGUCUACUCCGAACUGAUGGAGCUUAAUUACUAGGAUAUUAGUUUGGUUUUAAUUACAAAAAUAUUGGUGGGUACACUUUGUUAAUGUGAUGUAAUAUUUUGGGGGUUUUUUCUUCUUUUUUUUUUCAAGUGUAUUAUGUAAUAUGUAGUAGGGUUUGAAGUAAGCUUAAAAUGACAAAUUCAAGCAUGGGGUGGAAUAAGGGAUCUUGUUGUAUUCUAAUCUAAUUCAUUGUCCUUUUUUUUUUCUUUCUAAA